CGUGCACGUCACGGAGGUCUACGAACCAGAGCUGGAGAGGACCACUCGGCUCUUCAGCUCCAUCGUCCUUCGGCUCAGACAGGAUGACAUGCUGCUCGCUUACCCUCUGCGCUACAUCGCAGUACGACCAAAAGCCUCGCGAGGUCUUCUGCUUUAGUUCGACUGUGGCGGUUGGAAUGCGUCUCCGACUGACCGUCAACGGCAAGGUGACUGAAACACACCUCCCAGAAAAAUCCUGCAACCUCAGCUUCUGCUCAGAAGCUGACAAAUCUAUGCGUCCUCCGAGGGGUUAUUGCUGCAACUGUAAAUCUGGCGGCAACUGUACUGUUCACUGCCUCACGUACAGCAAACUGUGGUACUUCGUCUGCGUGCUCGGACCCCCGGUCAUCAAGCAAGACACCUUUGUUCAGCUGUUUGUCCAGAGCGAACAUUCAAACUUGUCGCAACGCUGGCAACCGCUUAUGGACCCGCCCGAGGAACUCGUACUCAGCGCUGAACAUCCGCUGGACUCCAACAGCCUAAACACGGUUGCUGCCAGUUACUUGUCAGAGAAAGCACCCGAGGCAGAGUUCGUACUCAAAGACUACAAGACAUUGAGGGCGCUGAUCCCGUACCCUAAUCCGGGAGUGCCCGUGAAUGAAAUGUCGUCCGUAUUCGCUGAAAAGAGGAGGACCGGCGAGUUCCCGCCCUUGCUUCUGAGCUCGUACAAGAAGCAGCUGCCAGAGUCGCCCAUCCUGUUCAACGAGACGAGUGGGGAGCACUUCCUGGCGUUCUUCCACGCCCACUCCCACCUGAGCCUGAUCCUGCUCGAAAUCAACGCGGAGAACAUCACGCUGUUCAAGCAAGGGUAG